CCCCGCCGUCCCGCCGCCCCACCGUCCCCUCCCUGGCCGGCGCCGGCGCUCCCCACCCCAGGCCGACGACAGCCCGAGUGAGAGGCAGGCUCCAUAUCCUGAGCACUGGGAUCCCCCAGGACACUGUCUGGCCCUCCAGGCCCUGGGGUCUGGCCGAGCUGCCCUGCCCCCAGCUCAUCUGAGUGGCUCAGGCUGCAGGAAGCCGCAGAGGCCUGGCUUGUAGCUGUAGUACCUGUAGUCCGCCUGGCGCCCAGCCUCCGCGAUGCCACCACCUCUGCGCUCCCUCCUCCUGGCCCUGGGCCUGGGGCUGGCUGGUACCCUCAACCCCAGUGACCCCAACACCUGCAGCUUCUGGGAAAGCUUCACCACCACCACCAAGGAGUCCCACACCCGCCCCUUCAGCCAGCUCCCCUCGGAGCCCUGUGACCGGCCCUGGGAGAGCCCCCACACCUGCCCCCAGCCCACAGUUGUCUACCGGACAGUGUACCGCCAGGUGGUGAAGACAGACCACCGGAAGCGCCUGCAGUGCUGCCAGGGCUUCUAUGAGAGCAGGGGCACCUGUGUCCCACUUUGCGCCCAGGAGUGCGUUCAUGGCCGCUGUGUGGCACCCAAUCGGUGCCAGUGUGCGCAGGGCUGGCGGGGUGACGACUGUUCCAGUGCAUGUGCCCCAGGAAUGUGGGGGCCACAGUGUGACAAGCCCUGCCACUGCGGCAACAGCAGCUCCUGUGACCCCAAGAGUGGAGCGUGUCUCUGCCCUUCUGGCCUACAACCCCCACACUGCCUCCAGCCCUGCCACCCCGGCCAGUAUGGCCCUGCCUGCCAGUUGCGCUGCCAGUGCCAUGGAGCACCCUGUGACCCCCAGACUGGAGCCUGCUUCUGCCCCCUGGAGAGAACUGGACCCAGCUGUGAGGUGGCCUGUCUUCGGGACACCCGUGGAUUCUCCUGCCCCAGCACCUAUCCCUGCCACAACGGGGGUGUCUUCCAGGCCUCUCAGGGCUCCUGCAGCUGCCCCCCCGGCUGGAUGGGCACCAUCUGUUCCCUGCCCUGUCCGGAGGGCUUCCACGGACCCAACUGCUCCCAGGAGUGCCGCUGUCACAACGGUGGCCUCUGCGACCGGUUCACCGGGCAGUGUCGCUGCACUCCAGGCUACACGGGGGAUCGGUGCCAGGAGGAGUGCCCCGUGGGCCGCUUCGGCCAGGACUGCGCCGAGACAUGCGACUGCGCCCUGGGCGCUCGCUGCUUCCCCGCCAACGGCGCGUGCCUGUGCGAGCACGGCUUCACCGGGCACCGCUGCGCCGAUCGCCUCUGCCCCGACGGCCUCUACGGCCUCAGCUGCCAGGAGCCCUGCACCUGCGACCCGGAGCACAGCCUCAGCUGCCACCCGAUGAGCGGAGAGUGCUCGUGCCUGCCGGGCUGGGCUGGCCUGUACUGCAACGAGAGCUGCCCGCAGGACACGCACGGGCCCGGCUGCCAGGAGCACUGCCUCUGCCUGCACGGCGGCGUGUGUCAGCCCGACAGCGGCCUGUGCCGGUGUGCGCCCGGCUACACGGGCCCGCACUGCGCCAGCCUCUGCCCUCCCGACACCUACGGAGUGGGCUGCUCCGCGCGUUGCUCCUGCGACAACGCCAUCGCCUGCUCGCCCAUAGACGGCGCCUGCGUCUGCAAGGAGGGUUGGCAGCGUGGUAACUGCUCUGUGCCCUGCUCGCCUGGAACCUGGGGCUUCGGUUGCAAUGCCAGCUGCCAGUGUGCCCACGAGGCAGCCUGCAGCCCCCAAACUGGAGCCUGUACCUGCACCCCUGGGUGGCAUGGGACCCACUGCCAGCUCCCCUGCCCGAAGGGGCAGUUUGGAGAAGGCUGUGCCAGUCGCUGUGAUUGUGACCACUCUGAUGGCUGCGACCCUGUUCAUGGACACUGCCAGUGCCAGGCUGGCUGGACAGGUACCCGCUGUCACCUGCCCUGUCCCGAGGGCUUCUGGGGAGCCAACUGUAGUAACACCUGUACCUGCAAGAAUGGGGGCACCUGCAUCCCCGAAAAUGGCAAUUGUGUGUGCACCCCUGGAUUCCGAGGCCCCUCCUGCCAGAGAUCCUGUCAGCCUGGCCGCUAUGGAAAACGCUGUGUGCCCUGCAAGUGUGCCAACCACUCCUCCUGCAACCCCUCAGAUGGGACCUGCUACUGUCUACCUGGCUGGACAGGGACCAAUUGCUCCCAAUCAUGCCCUCGAGGCCGCUGGGGAGCCAACUGUGCCCAGCCCUGCCUGUGCCGCCAUGGGGGGACCUGCCACCCUCAACAUGGGAGCUGUUCCUGCCCUCCAGGCUGGACUGGACACCUCUGCUUGGAAGGCUGCUCUCCUGGGAUGUUUGGUGCCAACUGCUCCCAGCUCUGCCAGUGUGGUCCUGGAGAGAGGUGCCACCCGGAGACUGGGGCCUGCCUGUGUCCCCCGGGGUACAGUGGUGCCCCCUGCAGGAUUGGAAGCCAGGAGCCCUUCACCAUGAUGCCUACCUCUCCAGUGGCCUAUAACUCGCUGGGGGCGGUGAUUGGCAUCGCAGUGCUUGGGUCCCUGGUGGUGGCCCUGCUGGCACUGUUCAUUGGCUACCGCCAUUGGCAGAAAGGCAAGGAGCACCAACACCUGGCUGUCGCCUACAGCAGCAGGCGCCUGGACAGCUCCGAGUAUGUCAUGCCAGAUGUCCCUCCAAGCUACAGCCACUACUACUCUAACCCCAGCUAUCACACCCUGUCACAGUGUUCCCCGAAUCCCCCGCCUCCUAACAAGGUUCCAGGCAGUCAGCUCUUCGCCAGCCUUCAAGUCCCUGAACGGCCAGGGGGAGCUCAUGGGCACGAAAACCACACCACCCUGCCUGCUGACUGGAAGCACCGCCGGGAGCCCCCACCGGGGCCCCUGGACAGGGGUAGUGGCCGCCUGGACCGAAGCUACAGCCACAACCACGGUAGCAAUGGUGGCCCAGGUCUGUUCUCCAGCAAAGAGGAGCUGGGGGCCAGCGUGGCUUCCCUGAGCAGUGAAAACCCCUAUGCCACCAUCCGGGACCUGCCCAGCCUCCUAGGGAACCCCUGGGAGAGCAGCUAUGUGGAGAUGAAAGGCCCACCCUCAGGGUCACCCCCCAGGCAGCCCCCUCAGCUCCGGGACAGCCAGAGGCGGCGACACCCCCAGCCACAGAGAGACAGUGGCACCUAUGAACAGCCCAGUCCUCUGACCUACGACCGAGACUCUGUGGGCUCCCAGCCCCCACUGCCUCCGGGCCUGCCCCCUGGCCACUACGACUCCCCGAAGAACAGCCACAUCCCUGGACACUAUGACUUGCCUCCAGUACGCCAUCCCCCGUCACCCCCACUCCGGCGCCAGGACCGCUGAGGAGUCAGGAUGGCACGCAUACCAUUCUUUGCUGCCCAAGGCUGGGGACAGAGCCUGCCAUCCUGCCAGGAGCAGGGAGAGGACUGGCAGGCCGUGAACACGGACACGUUUACUAGAGGCAGUGGAUGCUGAGGAGUCAGGGCCUGGCUCCUAGGUUACAGAAUGGGAGACCCUGGUCCGCGGGAAGCCCACGUUCCCUUUCCUGUGUGUCCGGGCCUGCUGCUUCCCAAGGCCCCAGGGCCCUCGUACAUAAACUGGUGGGAUGAAUGUUGCUAGAAAAGUCUGAUUGCAGAUUAAUGUAAAAAAAUGUAUAUUGGGUUCCUUUUCUGUGCACUCCCAGGCGGGGCUGUGUGUGUGUGUGUGUGUGUGUGUGUGUGUGUGUGUUUUCAGAGGGCUUCUCUACACACAGCCUGUCCUGGAGACACUCAGUGUGUAGUCGAGAGGCAGCCCAAACCCAGCUAACUGGCCUCCCUGCAUCACUUGGUACCUGCUCCAAUGCCUGCUCAGAGUACGAGGUGGUUAGGCAACCUCUGUCUGAAAGUCUUCAUGAGUGGGCGCCCCAUGGCUCUCUCGCCAGAGUCAAAACAGCCAAGGGCUUUAGGGGCUCUGCUGGCCGGGUCUGUUUCUUCAGCCUCACCUUGAACUGUGUUCGCUGUCACUCCAUUGCAGUCACCCUGCGCUCCAGGUCCUCCUUCUAGCCACAGUCCUUCCUACCACAGGGACUUUGCACACUCAGUCCUCUUCUCUUCCACUUACCUGUUAACCGCUGUUGGUCCUUCACCUCUCUCCUCAUGGAAGCACUUCUCUUACACAGCACAGGUCACACCUGAAUGCAUUCGUGGAUGCCUGCAGGAGGCCUUCAGGUACUAGCCCUCUCUGGAAUGGUGGUUUCUUUAUGUGAUCUUUUGAUUAAUCUCUGCCUCCCUCACCAGACUGUAGGUUCUCUGAAGGCAGGAAUCAUGUAUUAUGCUCAAUAUUGGUUCCCCUUGCCACACAGUAGGCACUCAAUAAAUGUUCCGCAAAAGA